AUGUCCUUAGAUGAAAAUACUUUCCAAGUUAAUCUUGAAAAUAUAAAUAGUAACUCUUCUCAAGAAAAUAUUACAAAUGAUUAUGAGAACGAUGCUUUGUCUGUUUUUUUAGAUAAUCAGCCCAUAACAGAAACUAUCUACUAA